AAAUCUCACGAAAAGUCACAUCCCAUCGACUCCCUUCCCCCUUCUUCUUUCUUAUACGCUCUUUUUUCCAUCUUUUUUUCCUUUCUUCGUUUCCAUUAGGGACGGCCCUCACUCAAGAUGCCGUCGAACCUGCGGGAAGGGGAUGUCGUGGCCUCUUUUAAUGGCCGUUGGAUUUCGUGGUCGCACACCAUCGUCGCUUACUGCGCGUUUCUGAGCGCGCUGAUCGUGGGAACGGCGCUGCAUUACCACAAGAUUGUGCAGAAUGAGUAUUACGGAUAUCCGCAAGAAUGGUUUCCCUCCGUAUCCGCCACAAUAGGCGACCGUUACCCUGAACGAUCCUUCUUCAUGGUCUUCAUUGCCAUUACAUCCGGUCCUCGCUUCUCUCUCGUCGCGCUUUGGUAUUUCAUGACCCAGCGCCGGGGCGGAUCUCUCCCCAAGUUCGUUCUCGGUGUCGGCAUCUUCCGCACACUCACUUGCGGCGGCUGGGCAUAUGUCACAUCCACCGACGACCAUGAUUGGCACGACAUAUUCAUGAUAUCGUACUUGGUGGCAACCUUGCCGUGGACACUUGGUUGUCUGGCUCUCAGCCCCCCCAAUCCGAAGGCGAUCAAGUAUAGGAAGGCUUUUGCAACUGCCUUCUUUAGCACCCUAGUGCCGCUGAUUUAUUUUUUCAUUCAGCACAAAGUGCACAAAGUUCCGGGGGCAUAUACGAUUUACGCUUUCUUCGAGUGGUCCCUCGUCCUCCUCGAUGUAGCCUUCGACGCAUGUACCGUUUUCGACUUUGAGAGCUUCGAUAUCGUAAUCAAAGACGUUAAGGGCAUUACACGCGGGAAAAAUAUCUCCGAACGUGUUCAUGAAAAGGAGAAGAACCGAGAUAUUGCCGAUGUCUUUGCGCCUGGAUUUUCAUGGCCAGCGGCUAUUGACGCGGCAGCGGACGUGUACAAUGGCUUCGUGUUCUGGACUGUCCUGACGUCCCUAGGUGUCUGUGUGUGGUACUUUCCUCUUUGGCACAUGGGCAUAUCCGGCUGGGAGGUCAUGGUCAUGUCCACCAUAACACCAUUUCUCCUCUCUGUUCCCGCGAUUCGUUCUUUUGUUAUCUCCAACAACAUGAUAUUCCACCUCUUGUCUACAGUUGGUCUCUUCGCUUACCUCAUUACUACCCCAGAGUAUCGCCUGUUAUCAGUUGGUUUUGGUGUCAGCAUGGGAUGUCUAGCAUGGGCCGCUCUCUUCUACGCCGAACGCUCUCAACCUCACCGUUUGGAGGCCAGAGUGUCUGCUUUCACUCUUGGCCUACUUCUUAGCAGUAUCGCUAAGUAUGCGUGCUACAGUAACAAUCCGGUUUGGCCAAUCAUGCAUGGACCUAACGGUGGGUGGAACAAGACAGGUAUUACCUUGGCUAUACUGGCAAUCUUAAGAAGUACAAGAAAUGUCCCCUCCCAUGCUCCCAAUCACACCGUACCUGCCAAAGGCUCAAGCACGCUCGCUGCACUAGGACUAGCAGGCAUGUUCUUUUCGAUGCAUUCUCUGCUUUCAGAUUCGAGCACAAUGGUGCUAUGGGUGUGGGAAGGUUGGCCAGCUCGUGGUCCCAUCGCCGUGCCUCAUGGAUCAUACACACAUGUCUACAUGGGCCUUGGCCUCCUCAUUGGUCUUUUUUACCCGUCAUUCGCACGGAGCUGGACAUUCUAUGGAAUUGGAGCAAUUGGGGCUGCACUUUUGACCACCUUCAGCCAUUGGACGGGAUUUUACGGCGGUCUAGCGCUUGCGAUAUACACCACCGCUGCAGCGCCUGUCCUUAUCUCAUCUGCAGUCAAACACUCGCCAGCAAAAACUUUCGGUAUUGGAUUCCUUAUCUACAACAUCCUUGUUCUGGCUCACGUCUGGGUUGUGGCUUAUGCAUUCGUGCCCGGUGGUCCGUUGAUGCGUGAGCACACCGACUGGGUUAUGACUGCGAUGAUGCUCUUCAUGGCCGCCGGCGUAUUCUCGGCGCAAGCUUCUGAAGCAUCUUCGCCUUCGCUGGCUAAGAACAAAUCGAAGGCACCAGGUCCUGCUGCUCGUAAGUUACGCAGCUAUUACAUUUACGCUAUCCUUGUGCUUGAGCUACUCUCCGCUUCAAUUGCCUUCCUGCGCUUCCCAACGUACGACUACAAGCCAUACCACCCGGAGACGAAGUCCAUCACCGCCGGUAUAUGGACCAUACACUUCAGUCUGGACAAUGACAUGUGGUCGUCCGAGCGCCGCAUGCGCGACCUCAUCAAGGAGUUAGAGAUUGAUGUCAUUGGGCUCCUUGAAUCCGAUCUGCAGCGCAUCAUCAUGGGCAACAGAGAUACUACACAAUUCCUUGCUGAAGAUCUAGGCAUGUAUGUUGACUACGGCCCUGGCCCAAACAAGCAUACCUGGGGAUCAGCGCUGCUUAGCAAAUUCCCCAUCCUUAACUCGACGCAUCACCUUCUACCAUCGCCUGUUGGUGAACUUGCACCUGCUAUUCAUGCCACGCUGGACUGCUAUGGUGAACUGGUUGAUGUGUUUGUUUUCCAUUCUGGGCAAGAAGAGGAUCCUGAGGAUAGACGUUUGCAGACAGAGUACCUUUCCAAACUGAUGGGUAGUGUUACGACGCGCCCAGCCAUUCUACUCAGCUACCUAGUCACCAAACCCCAUGAGGGCAAUUACAAUACCUACGUUGGUCCUGCUGUGAGUGGCAUGCGGGACAUCGACCCGAGCGAUUGGGAUCGGUGGUGCGAAUAUAUCCUGUAUAAAGGCAUGCGGAGGACGGGAUAUGCUCGCGUGAGUCGCAGCACAAUCACGGACACUGAGCUGCAAGUUGGCAGAUUUGUGGUCGGAGAACCUGAGGGCACUGACGAACUUAUUCCCGAAAGUCAAGUGCCUGAGGGGCUGAGGUUCCCGGCCAUGUUCAGGGGACAAGGUGUGAGGGACCAUAGGUAUCAUGUGUUUGAUGAGCCAAGAUACUUUGCCUAGUUUACGGCUAUCUGGCUGCCACGAGCUUGCCGUCCUCGUCUUAUACUGCAUGACGGCUCAAGAUGUAAGAAUAUCCGUACAACUUUCCGCAGUAUAUAGUCAAAAUGAAAUCUCCUUGCGCAUUCGCACUUACAAACCUCCAUUGGCAGACUUAAUGCUACUUGUGGAUUGAGUCGUUGCGCAUAUUGCUCUUGAAUGAAAUAUUAGUCAAGUAGUCUUGAAUAUACAGCUUCU